AUGCUAGGGCGUGGGAUGAGCAGCUGGGGACGGCUCGCGGCCUUGUUGGUUGGCAUGCUGGCUGCUGGGGGCUCCGCGGCAUCAGCAACGUCAUCAACAUCAGGAGCAUUAGCAGCAGCAGCAACAGGACCCAGCUUGACCCAGAAACAUGAAGCAGGCCGGUGCGCCAUCCGAGGACACUGUGGGAAGGUGGGCUUCUUCGGCUCAGACCUCCCGUGUCCGGACAACGGCCUUGCGGAGGAACCGGAAAAGAAUGUCAGGAAGAAGCUAGUGGAAAUCUGUGGAUCGAAGUGGGACGAUGGGAAGAUAUGUUGCAAAGAGGAGCAGCUCGACUCCCUGAAAACAAACCUCAAGAGGGCCGAAAGCCUCAUCGCCGCCUGUCCUGCGUGCAAAGAGAACUUCUUCAACCUCUUCUGCACCUUUACCUGCUCGCCGGACCAGUCGCUGUUCGUAAACGUGACCAACACGACGCCCAAAGGCGACAAGUUCCUCGUCACUGAGCUAGACACGCUGAUCUCGGAUGCAUAUGGCUCAGGCUUCUACGACAGCUGCAAGGAUGUCAAGUUUGGAGCGACCAAUAGCAGGGCCAUGGAUCUCAUUGGCGGCGGCGCAAAGAAUUACACUCAGUUCUUCAAGUUCUUGGGAGACAAGAAGCCAUUUGGUAGUCCGUUCCAGCUGAACUUCCCUCGACCGAGCGGCGCAGCCUUCCCAGACAUGAAGGCCAUGAACGACAAGGCUUACCCGUGCAACAGCACCGACGAAAAGUAUCGCUGUGCUUGCGUCGACUGCGCUUCUUCGUGCCCGGAGCUGCCAAAGGUUACGGAGACAAAGCAAUGCAUGGUCGGCCUCUUGCCGUGUUUGUCUUUUGCGGUCAUUCUAGUCUACUCUAUCUUUAUCGCGUUUCUGGUUAUUGCCGUUUCCGGACAUGUCGCAUAUGCCAAGCACGAGAAGCACAAGAAUGAGCGUCUGCGCUUGCUGCAGGACAUUGAGCCUAGCGAUGAUGAGGAUGAAGGGGAUAUUGUACACAACGCCGGGAUGCUGGACCGACCAACCAAGCACUACUAUCUCAAUACACUGUGCGACAAGGCCUUUAGCAAAUUGGGAUAUUUCUGCGCCAGCUUCCCAGCUAUCACGAUCAGCAUCAGCGUCAUCGUCGUCGGCCUGCUGAGUUUGGGAUGGAUCAGGUUCGCCGUCGAGACCGAUCCCGUACGUCUCUGGGUUGCGCCGGACUCGGCUGCUGCGGAGGAGAAGGCAUUUUUCGACAAGAACUUCGGACCCUUCUUCCGCGCGGAGCAGGUCUUCCUGGUCAACGACACCUCACCAUCGGGCCCCGGCCCGGUCUUGAGCUACGACACGCUGGGCUGGUGGUUCGAUGUUGAGAAUCGAGUCCAGCGGCUCAAGUCGAUGAAACAGGGCGUUACCUUUGACAAAGUUUGCUACAAACCCACCGGCGAUGCUUGUGUUGUGCAGUCCGUCACUGGGUAUUUCCAGGGCGAUUUCUCUGCUGUUAAACCUGAGAGAUGGGAGCAGCAGAUCGCGAACUGUGCCGACAGCCCGGUCGAUUGCCUGCCCGCAUUCCAGCAGCCUUUAGAUCCGAAGAUGCUGUUUGGAGGCUGGAAUAAGAGCGUUCUGGACUCCGAGGCUCUCAUCGUGACUUGGGUGGUCAGCAAUCAUGCCGAGGGUACGGAAGAGAUUGAGCGGGCCAUGGAUUGGGAAGAUAGCAUGAAGGGCCUCCUCAUGUCCGUUCAAAACGAAGCAAAGGAAAGAGGCCUACGAUUGUCGUUCAACACCGAGAUCAGUCUGGAGCAAGAACUCAACAAGUCUACGAAUACCGACGCCAAGAUCGUGGUCAUCAGCUACAUCAUCAUGUUCUUGUACGCCUCGCUCGCGCUUGGGUCCACAACUCUGGCGGUCAGGUCAAUCCUUCACAACCCAGCAAACGCGCUUGUGCAGUCGAAGUUCAUGCUCGGUAUCAUCGGCAUCGUCAUUGUGCUGAUGUCGGUAUCGGCAUCUGUUGGCCUGUUCUCUGCCGCCGGUGUUAAGGUCACAUUGAUCAUCGCGGAGGUCAUUCCGUUCUUGGUCCUCGCUGUGGGCGUUGAUAACAUCUUCCUCAUCGUCCACGAGUUCGAGCGUGUCAAUGUCACGCAUCCGGAAAGUCCGGUCUCUGAGCGCGUGGCGAGAGCGCUGGGAAGAAUGGGUCCCAGUAUCCUGCUCUCAGCUUCCACCGAGACCGUGGCGUUCGCGCUGGGAGCUGCUGUCGGUAUGCCCGCUGUGCGCAACUUUGCAGCUUAUGCCGCCGGCGCUGUCUUUAUCAACGCGCUGUUGCAGGUCACCAUGUUUGUCUCGGUGCUCGCGCUAAAUCAGCGACGAGUGGAAGCCAGCCGUAUGGACUGCUUCCCUUGCGUUCGGGUACGACAGGCCGAUGCGGCUGUCGUGAACGGCGGCAUGGUCUAUGGGGUCGAUGAAGAAGGCACCCUUCAGCGCUUCAUCAGAAAGACCUACGCGCCCGCUCUUCUUGGCAAGAAGGCCAAGGUCGCCAUCAUGACCGUCUUCCUCGGCCUGUUCGCCGCAGGUCUCGCCCUUCUUCCGAGUGUCGAGUUAGGCCUGGACCAGCGCAUCGCCAUCCCAAGUGACUCGUACCUGAUCCCUUACUUUAAUGACCUCUACGACUACUUCGGCGCCGGUCCGCCCGUCUACUUCGUCACGCGCGAGCUGAACGUCACGCAGCGCGCGCACCAGCAAGAGCUCUGCGGCCGCUUCUCCACCUGCCAAGAAUACUCUCUCACCAACAUCCUCGAGCAAGAGCGUAAGCGGCCCGCAGUCUCCUAUAUCGCCGACAGUACCGCCAGCUGGAUCGAUGACUACUUCCUAUGGCUGAACCCCUCGCUCGACGCCUGCUGCGUAGAUGGCUCAACCACGUGCUUCGAGAACCGCAACCCGCCUUGGAACAUCACGCUGCACGGCAUGCCCGAAGGCCAAGAAUUUCUGCACUAUCUGACCCGCUGGCUCGACUCGCCCACCACGCAGGACUGCCCCCUCGCGGGCAAAGCAGCCUACGGCAACGCUCUCGUCGUCGACGAAGCCCGCCUUACUAUCCCAGCCUCCCACUUCAGGACAAGCCACACGCCCCUCCGCAGCCAGAGCGACUUCAUAGCCGCCUACACCUCCGCGCGCCGCAUCGCCUCCAGCAUCUCCUCCGCCACAGGCGUAGAGGUCUUCCCCUAUAGCAAAUUCUACAUCUUCUUUGACCAGUACACCGGCAUCGUGCGGCUGGCCACCGCACUGCUCGGCGCCGCCCACGCCAUCAUCUUCGUGCUGACAAGCGUGCUCCUCGGCUCCAUCGCCACGGGCCUCGUCGUCACGAUCACCGUCGCCAUGAUCGUCGUCGACGUCGCGGGCACCAUGGCACUCGCCGGCGUGAGCCUCAACGCCGUCUCUCUCGUCAACCUGGUCAUCUGCGUCGGCAUCGGGGUAGAAUUCUGCGCGCAUGUUGCAAGGGCCUUUACGUUCCCUUCAGCAUCAGUGAUGGAGAGGGCGCCGCGGCAGGGGAAGAGGGGGAAGGAUGCCCGGGCCUGGACGGCGCUGGUCAACGUGGGCGCGAGCGUGUUCAGUGGGAUUACGAUCACGAAGUUUUUGGGCGUCGCGGUGCUCGCGUUCACGAGGAGCAAGAUCUUUGAGAUCUAUUACUUUAGGAUUUGGUUGGCGCUUGUGGUUUUCGCGGCGGGGCAUGCGUUGGUGUGGUUGCCGGUCGCGCUGAGUGUGUUUGGGGGGACUGGCUACGUUGACCCGGAGUCCGAAGGCGGGCUGGAGCAGGAUCUUAGGAGCAGGCGGUACCCGGCUCUGUUAGCGGACGAGGAGUACGACAGCGACGACUAUUGA